CAUUUGCACAAAUUCAUUUUAAAUAUCCCUAAGUUUCAAACGAGUUAUUUGUAAUAUUAAAUUAUUUUUCAAUGGAAUUUUAUUCUUUUAUUUUAAUAUCUAUUGUAAUUUUCGUGUUGAAUCCAGCCGAAGGAGUAAAAUAUAAUCAGCUUUAUAAAAAUUACAUCAACACAGUCGUAACUCACAUUCAUUCAAAAAUUGGAGUAAAUCAAAUGCUAAACCUGAAACUAAAACAAUUUUUAAAUUAUCCCAAAAUAGAGGAAAAUUGCAAAAAAGAUGAUUUCUCACGUAACUAUCGGUACACAAUAAGUGUACUCAAUUACAAGUACACUGAAAUACUAAAAAAAUUUCUCGAUUACAUGAAUAUUAUCAUUGAUGAAUGUAAACAAUUUCAUAAGAGAAAUUUAGUAGAAAAUUUUAUUAAUUGUGUAUCAUUACUUGAAGUAGAAGUGAAAAAUUCCAAGACUAUGUUUGAAAAACUCUACAAUGCUAUGAAGUUUAUAAGCUACAUAGAUAUAAAGUAUUUGUUUCUCGAAGGACUCGCGCCGCAUCCAAUAAUUGAUGAAAUUGACUUUCUUCAACAAUUCGUCAAAGAAUUAAAUGCCGCCUAUGUUGUUGACAUUAAUAUCUUACCAAAUCUUAAAGUCUCCAUAACGCAAUUUGAGAAUUUUAAAAGUUUUUAUGAAGUGGCAUUAAAAGUAGUAAACAAUCUUUUUCAAAAUAGUCUAAUCAUUGACACUACUAUAAAAACUGAUUUGAAAAAAAAUCAAAUCGAAGAAUGCUCUAACGAAACUAGCUUUGAAAUCGUCUAUUAUACAUGUAAUAAACUUAAUUCACUCUAUAUCGAAACUAUAAAAAUGUGGUAUAAAAAUCUUGGCUUUGAACAUUUUCUUAAUCCAAAAACACCUCAACUUAUACCACCAAAAGAUCCAAAAAUAAAACAAGAUGAUGGAAUUGAAGCACUCAAUAUUCUUCGUCUAGGAACUGGUUGGGAAUCAAUGAAUCACAUAAAUAUAGUUUAUUAUAGAAAAAAUUGUAGUGUAAAUUCCAUAAUAAAAGAUGAAAUUAAUUUUCUAAAUUUUCGAAUAAAAAAAGAACAUGUGUCACAAUUAUUAAGAUGUAGAUACACCGAAAUACUUAAAAAUUAUCAUUUACUGUUAUCUACUAUAUUAUAUUAUUGUAAUAAGGAUUCCUUGAACUACCAGAACAGUUGUUUAAUUGAAUUAUUUAAAUCAUUCAAUAAAUCUAAAAUAAUGCUUAUAGGAUUGUAUAAUGCUUUGAUUACAUUAAAUAAAUCAUCAAUAUGGGUUGUUCAUUUCAGAUCUCAUUCUAGUUUACAUAGAAUAUUAGAAUGGGUUGCACUAAUUCUUAUUUUCAUGAAGAAUAAUAAUUAUUUUAAAAUUGAUUUUGUCAAUGAAAAUAAUAAGGAAAAAAUUAAUGAAACAUUGCAAAAAUUUCAAGUAAUUUUUCAAAAUUUUCUUAAUAACUUUCAUUAUCACAUACAAGGCAGCAAUAGUUAUUUGCACACUUGUUGUAUUUUUAAUGAACCUUUUUAUGAAAAAUACGAAAAAUUAAAUUAUUUUAGGACUUUAAAAAAUAUAUUAAUUGAUCCAAAUACUCUAUUUCAAAUUAAAAUUUAUCUUAAUGCAUGUUAUUAUUUUGAUAAUUUUUGUGAAAAUGUUUAUAAUACUUGUUAUAAAAAUCUGGGUUUCGAUAAAAUUAACUGCAGUGGUAGAAAAAUUGACGAAAAACUUAUACCAUUUAUUAAGGAUUUGAUGGAUGAUUUAACUACUUAACUUUCAUUAAAUAAUAAAAACUAGGUACCAUUGAAAUGAAUUUUAAAAGUUGAUUGCAUAAAAUUAUUUUUUUUAUUAUUGUUAAUAAUUAAUGUUUUGAUUUCUUCAUACAUAUAGUUUAAUAACAUUUACAAAAUUUUUAUUUUGCUUUAAUUAUUACCAAAGUAUCUUUUUUGUAAAAUUACUGUAUUUGUUACCAUUUUCACCUGUACAUUUGCAACGACGUAAUAUUAAAAAAAUUUCACCAAGUUAAAAAAUGUA